CCUCCUACGUGAGGACGCCGAGAAGAAGGGGGUGGGGCCACGUUCUCAUCCGCGCCAUCGGUCUGGAGUCUUGCUAGCAGUGUGUAUGGUUUUCCCAGCUAAACGGUUCUGCUCGGUGCCAUCCAUGGAGGGCGUGCGCUGGGCCUUUUCCUGUGGCACUUGGCUGCCGAGCCGAGCCGAAUGGCUGCUGGCGGUGCGAUCGAUCCAACCAGAAGAGAAGGAGCGCAUUGGCCAGUUCGUCUUUGCCCGGGACGCUAAGGCAGCCAUGGCUGGUCGUCUGAUGAUAAGGAAAUUAGUUGCAGAGAAAUUGAAUAUCCCUUGGAAUAAUAUUCGUUUGCAAAGAACUGCGAAAGGAAAACCAGUUCUUGCAAAGGACUCUUUGAACCCUUACCCCAAUUUCAACUUUAACAUCUCUCAUCAAGGGGACUAUGCAGUCCUUGCUGCUGAACCUGAGUUACAAGUUGGAAUUGAUGUAAUGAAGACUAGUUUUCCAGGUCGUGGUUCAAUUCCAGAAUUUUUUCAUAUUAUGAAAAGAAAGUUUACCAACAAAGAAUGGGAAACAAUCAGAAGCUUUAAGGAUGAGUGGACUCAAUUGGAUACGUUUUAUAGGAAUUGGGCACUGAAAGAAAGCUUCAUUAAAGCCAUUGGUGUUGGACUGGGAUUUGAAUUGCAACGGCUUGAAUUUGAUAUCUCUCCAUUAAACUUGGAAAUAGGCCAGGUUUAUAAAGAAACACGUUUGUUCCUGGAUGGGGAAGAAGAAAAGGAAUGGGUAUUUGAGGAAAGCAAAAUAGAUGAGCACCAUUUUGUUGCAGUAGCUCUUAGGAAACCUGAUGGAUCUAGACAUACAGAUGUUCCUUCUCAAGAUGAAUCUAAGCCAUCCCAGAGGCAGUUUACUAUUCUCACCUUUAAUGAUUUAAUAUCAUCUGCUGUUCCAAUGACACCUGAAGAUCCUUCAUUCUGGGACUGUUUUUACUUUACAGAAGAAAUUCUAAUACGGAAUGGUACAAAGUCAUGAUAUGAUACACUGAGUAACAAAAGAAAGUGAAAGCUUUGUCAUCUUCCAUAUUCACUGAAAAAAAGUAAAUCCCUGAUAGUAUCAAUUUUUAUUUUAAAAAGCAGUUUUAUAAGAAGCCAAAAACUUUCACUAUUAAAAAAGCAGACGUCUCUUUCAAAAUAGGCCAUGAGAGUAUAUGUUUCCCUCUUUCUGUCCAAACUUAGGUUUAAUUAAUAGAAAUCGAAAGGGUGGCAGAAUCUUCAGCUGAUAAAGUAGAAGAGGCAAAUAAUGUAGAAAGGAAAGGUUUAAAUCCUAUCUCUCAGAAAUCACUGCUCUUAAAACCUUGAGUAUCUUUCCAGACCUUUGUCUUGGCAGAUGAAACCCUAUUAACUUGUUUUUUUAAAGUGGGAACAUGCUAUUUUGUAAUUUUUUAAAUUCUGCAUCUGCUGUUGAUAACUUUAACGCCAUUACAUGAACUUGUAGUGGUUCUAGAGUACUUCCUUGUAUAACUAAUAACCAAUUUGAUCCAAGGUAACAAUGUUCAAUUACCCUUGGCUUAAGUAACUGUGAACAUUUAUAAUUCAUGGUGGUUAUUUUUGGGGUUUUGUUUGUUUGGCGUUAGCCUCAGUUUAUUUAUUCUGCCUUAGGUUCAUUCCUCUUCCCAGUUACAAGAACAACUGCUGUAACUUCCAGUUUUACAUCUUAAUAAAAUUGCAUCCAUAAGGCAGGACAGGAGAAAGGCUCUUUUUCCUAUUGUAAUUGUUUUAUUGAGAAGGAGGCCCUCUCCCAGUUGUCCCUUAAACAGUCGCCUCAGUUUCUGCCUUCUCACAUAUGGUCACAGAGAAAACCAGUGUCUGGCAUUUUUUGCCUCUGUUAGUAGAUUGUCUUGGAAAAGAAAAGGCUAAGGAGAGGAUGGCAUUAAUCUGCAGCCCACUUCCUGGCAUACGAAAUGUGUGUCGUAAUUAUGCUUAUUUUCCUCUGUAGUAGACAUUUUAGUUGUCUGCAUUUUAUUACUUAAGUGGUAGUACAGUGAAUGUCCUUGUACCUUUUAAGGUACAUAAUUAUGUUCUUAAAGUUUUAGAAGUAGAGUAACUGAUUCAAAGGGCUUAAGCAUUCAUUUUUAAAGCUUUGGUGAGUAUUACCAUAUUGCUCUUCAAAAGGCUGUACAAUAAAUCUUACACUUUCAUUUAGUAAUAUAUAUUUGACCACUUCCACCUGUACGGUCCCUGGUCAAUAUUAUGUUUUUUCCUGUGUAUUUAAUCUUUGCUAGUAUAACUGAAAAAUGUGGCAUUUUAAAAUCUGUAUUUCAUCACAAGUGAGAUAGUCAUUAGCUAUUUGUAUUUCUUUUUUAUGAAACUUUUGCUCAUCUUCAUCUGUUUUUGUUAAAAAUAGCACGUAAAGUGUGAACAUAGUAUAUUAAGAUGCCAAGACCAUCAUAUUGAUGACAGAAUCUAUUACAUGGUUGUAGUGCAUGUCUUCAGGGUUAGUCCUGUUCCUGUUCAAUAUCAAGAAGUAAAACAUUUCAUU